AUGGACUUCUCGGACGUCGGCGUGCGACACACCAUUCUCAACAGUGUCCAGCUUCAUCACUUCAUCGAUAUCUCCCCUUCGGCCGCUGCCAUCGCUAAGGAAGCUCGGCUCUGCGUAAUCGCUGUCGUGGUUGGGUGGAUCACCACUCGCGUCUUCACUACUAUUCCGCGCUUUGAUCGCCCCGCCAUAAUGAAGACAUUCGCUUCUUUUGCUCUAUUUGCUGCUGGUGCUACGGCCCAGGUCAUCCAAAGUGCUAGCUUUGGAUAUGACAAGACGAUCUCUCCCACGCGAGACUCCAUCCCAGGAUGGAACAUUGGUGGAGAGGGCAGUGAUCCUCAGAUUCUGUCCAACAAACUCAUCCUGACUCCUCCUUACCCUGGAAACGUCCGCGGAUCGGCCUGGGCACAGAACCCUAUUACACAAUCGGAAUGGAGCGCCGAGUUCCAAUUCCGCGGCAGUGGCCAGGAACGGUCAGGAGGCAACCUCCAACUGUGGUACACAAAGGACGGACAAACCCGAGUUGGCACCUCGAGUAUCUAUACCGUGGGGCAAUUUGAUGGGUUUGCACUGGUCAUUGAUACCCAUGGCGGCAGGGGUGGAAGUAUUCGCGGAUUCUUGAACGAUGGAACGACAGACUACAAGAGCCACCGAAGUGUCGAUAGCCUCGCCUUCGGACACUGCGACUACGCUUACCGAAACCUCGGUCGCCCAUCGGUCGUGAAACUGAAGCACACAAACUCGAUUUUCGAGGUUACCGUGGACGACAAGGUCUGCUUCGCCACAGACAAGGUUGCUCUUCCCGCUGGAAACACCUUCGGUAUCACAGCUGCCACACCCGAGAAUCCCGAUUCCUUUGAAGUCUUCAAGUUCGUUUUGGAGUCUGCUGCCGCCGCCAGGAAGCAGGAACAGCAGCAAAACACAAUUCCCAACCCAUCUACUGGCAACACUGUCCUGGAUCACGGGAUUGCCGCCCAAUUCGUCGACCUCGGCGGUCGUCUCCAGCUUACCAACAAAGCGACCACCAACAUCCUCCAAGAUAUGAAAAGCCAAGCAUCCAAGAACGAGGCCCGGCAAGCAGAACUUUUGCAAAAGCUUGCCUCCAAGGACCAAGUUGCAGCCCUGGACGCACGACUUCAGCGCAUCGAGCAGCUUCUUCAGACCAUCCAGCGUGAUCUUGAAGGCAAGGACUACAGCGGUCGCUUUAACCAGCUUCAUGACACUCUCCGAACCUCUCAUCUCAGCCUCAGCGAGACUCUGCAGGGAAGCCUGCUGAGCGCCAUCACCGCGUCCACUCCUCGCAUGGGGUUUUUCAUCUUCAUGGUCAUCGCCUUCCAAGUUGUUCUCGCUAUUAUCUACGUCGUGUAUAAGCGUCGUCGCGCGAACAUGCCCAAGAAGUUCCUUUAG